GUGUGGCCGCCGCCGCCGCCGCCGCCGCCGGCAAAGAGGCUUUUUAAAACCAUGGCAGAUGUGGACCCGGAUACGCUGCUGGAAUGGCUACAGAUGGGGCAGGGAGAUGAAAGGGACAUGCAACUAAUAGCCCUUGAACAGCUAUGCAUGCUGCUUUUGAUGUCUGACAACGUGGAUCGUUGUUUUGAAACAUGCCCUCCUCGAACUUUCUUACCAGCACUCUGUAAAAUUUUUCUUGAUGAAAGUGCUCCAGACAAUGUGUUAGAAGUAACAGCCCGAGCCAUAACAUACUACCUGGAUGUGUCAGCAGAAUGCACUCGGCGGAUCGUGGGGGUAGACGGAGCCAUCAAAGCACUUUGUAAUCGUUUGGUAGUUGUUGAACUUAACAACCGGACCAGUCGAGAUUUGGCCGAACAGUGUGUCAAGGUAUUGGAACUGAUCUGUACUCGGGAGUCAGGGGCUGUAUUUGAAGCUGGAGGCUUGAACUGUGUACUGACUUUCAUUCGGGAUAGCGGCCAUCUGGUUCACAAAGAUACGCUGCAUUCUGCCAUGGCUGUGGUUUCAAGAUUGUGUGGCAAAAUGGAGCCUCAAGAUUCUUCGUUAGAGAUCUGCGUGGAGUCCCUGUCUAGCUUAUUAAAACAUGAAGAUCAUCAAGUCUCAGAUGGAGCUUUGCGAUGUUUUGCUUCAUUAGCAGACCGAUUUACACGUCGUGGUGUUGACCCAGCCCCAUUAGCUAAGCACGGUCUCACGGAGGAGCUGUUGUCUCGCAUGGCCGCAGCGGGGGGUGCAGUGUCGGGGCCUUCUUCCGCAUGCAAACCGGGUCGAAGCACCACUGGAGCGCCAUCUACAGCUGCCGAUUCCAAACUGAGUAAUCAAGUGUCAACGAUCGUAAGCCUGUUGUCAACACUGUGCAGAGGCUCUCCAGUAGUCACUCACGAUCUCUUGAGAUCGGAGCUUCCGGAUUCCAUAGAAAGUGCGCUGCAGGGCGACGAAAGAUGUGUGCUGGAUACCAUGCGUUUGGUUGAUCUUCUCUUGGUGCUAUUGUUUGAAGGGCGAAAAGCCCUGCCAAAGUCCAGUGCUGGAUCUACGGGCAGAAUCCCAGGCCUCCGUAGGCUGGAUAGUUCUGGGGAGCGUUCCCAUCGGCAGCUUAUAGACUGCAUCCGCAGUAAAGAUACUGAUGCACUUAUAGAUGCAAUUGACACAGGAGCUUUUGAAGUGAAUUUUAUGGAUGAUGUUGGACAGACCCUUUUAAACUGGGCCUCUGCUUUUGGAACUCAGGAAAUGGUUGAAUUUCUUUGUGAAAGAGGUGCUGAUGUUAAUAGGGGCCAGAGGUCAUCAUCAUUACAUUAUGCAGCAUGUUUUGGAAGACCUCAAGUAGCAAAGACUCUGUUGCGACAUGGUGCAAAUCCUGAUCUGAGAGAUGAAGAUGGAAAAACUCCAUUAGAUAAAGCUCGAGAAAGGGGCCAUAGUGAAGUAGUAGCUAUUCUUCAGUCUCCGGGUGAUUGGAUGUGUCCGGUCAAUAAAGGAGAUGACAAGAAAAAGAAAGAUGCAAACAAAGAUGAAGAAGAAUGUAACGAACCCAAAGGAGAUCCAGAAAUGGCACCAAUAUACUUGAAAAGAUUAUUGCCAGUCUUUGCACAAACAUUUCAACAGACAAUGCUACCUUCAAUAAGGAAAGCAAGUCUCGCUCUAAUUAGGAAAAUGAUUCAUUUUUGUUCUGAAGCACUGCUUAAAGAGGUUUGUGAUUCUGAUGCUGGCCAUAAUCUGCCCACCAUAUUAGUGGAAAUCACUGCAACCAUUCUUGAUCAAGAGGAUGAUGAUGAUGGCCAUUUGCUGGCUCUGCAGAUUAUAAGGGAUUUGGUAGAUAAAGGGGGAGAUCUUUUUUUAGAUCAGCUCGCAAGACUUGGAGUUAUUAGCAAAGUGUCAACCUUGGCAGGACCUUCAUCAGAUGAUGAGAAUGAGGAGGAAUCUAAACCGGAAAAAGAGGAUGAACCUCAGGAAGAUGCUAAGGAGUUACAGCAGGGUAAACCGUACCACUGGAGAGACUGGUCAAUCAUUAGAGGAAGGGACUGCUUAUAUAUCUGGAGUGAUGCAGCUGCUUUGGAAUUGUCAAAUGGUAGCAACGGAUGGUUCAGGUUUAUCUUGGAUGGAAAGCUUGCCACGAUGUAUUCCAGUGGUAGUCCAGAAGGUGGAUCCGAUAGUUCAGAGAGCAGAAGUGAAUUUUUAGAAAAGUUGCAAAGAGCCCGAAGCCAAGUAAAGCCAUCCACCUCAAGUCAGCCAAUACUUUCGGCUCCUGGACCCAUUAAGCUCACUGUGGGCAAUUGGUCACUAACCUGUUUGAAAGAAGGAGAAAUUGCUAUUCACAACUCAGAUGGUCAACAAGCUACAAUACUAAAAGAAGAUCUCCCUGGUUUUGUGUUUGAAUCCAAUAGAGGAACUAAACAUUCCUUUACUGCUGAAACCUCAUUGGGAUCAGAGUUUGUCACUGGCUGGACUGGCAAAAGAGGUAGAAAAUUGAAGUCUAAGUUAGAGAAAACUAAGCAAAAGGUACGAACAAUGGCCCGAGACUUGUACGAUGACCACUUUAAAGCUGUUGAAAGCAUGCCUCGGGGGGUUGUGGUGACUCUGAGGAACAUAGCAACCCAGUUAGAAUCAUCUUGGGAACUCCAUACAAACAGACAGUGCAUUGAGGGUGAAAACACGUGGCGAGAUUUAAUGAAGACAGCUUUGGAAAACUUAAUCGUACUCUUGAAGGAUGAAAAUACCAUCUCACCGUAUGAAAUGUGCAGUAGUGGUUUGGUGCAAGCCCUUCUUACUGUUUUAAAUAAUAGCAUGGAUUUAGACAUGAAACAAGAUUGUACUCAACUGGUAGAGCGAAUAAAUGUUUUCAAAACUGCAUUCAGUGAAAAUGAAGAUGACGAAAGUCGUCCAGCAGUUGCAUUAAUUCGCAAGUUAAUAGCAGUUCUAGAGUCCAUUGAACGCCUGCCUCUCCAUUUAUAUGACACACCUGGUUCCACUUACAACCUGCAGAUAUUAACAAGAAGAUUGCGAUUUCGGUUGGAGCGGGCCUCUGGAGAAACCUCAUUGAUAGAUCGAACUGGAAGAAUGCUAAAAAUGGAGCCAUUAGCAACAGUAGAAUCUUUAGAACAAUAUCUCUUGAAAAUGGUAGCAAAGCAAUGGUACGAUUUUGAUAGAUCUUCAUUUGUUUUUGUACGAAAACUACGUGAAGGCCAAACUUUUAUAUUUCGGCACCAGCAUGACUUUGAUGAAAAUGGAAUUAUUUACUGGAUCGGGACAAAUGCAAAAACUGCGUACGAAUGGGUAAACCCAGCAGCCUAUGGGCUUGUAGUGGUCACAUCAUCAGAAGGAAGAAACCUACCUUAUGGUCGCUUGGAGGACAUCUUGAGCCGUGACAGUUCUGCUCUUAAUUGCCAUAGUAAUGAUGAUAAGAAUGCCUGGUUUGCCAUAGAUCUUGGUCUUUGGGUAAUACCGUCGGCGUACACACUACGCCACGCUCGUGGUUAUGGAAGAUCUGCUCUCCGAAAUUGGGUUUUCCAGGUAUCCAAAGAUGGACAGAACUGGACUACCUUGUAUACCCAUGUCGAUGACUGCAGCCUCAAUGAACCAGGAUCAACAGCAACAUGGCCCCUGGAUCCACCCAAGGAUGAGAAACAAGGUUGGAGACAUGUAAGAAUAAAGCAAAUGGGAAAAAAUGCCAGCGGACAAACCCACUACCUCUCACUUUCUGGAUUUGAACUUUAUGGCACUGUCAGUGGAGUGUGUGAAGACCAGCUUGGAAAAGCAGCUAAGGAAGCGGAAGCCAAUUUGAGGCGGCAGAGGCGUUUGGUUCGAUCACAGGUCUUGAAGUACAUGGUCCCAGGAGCCCGUGUGAUACGGGGAAUUGAUUGGAAGUGGAGGGAUCAGGAUGGUAGCCCCCAGGGAGAGGGGACUGUCACAGGAGAACUGCAUAAUGGCUGGAUUGAUGUCACCUGGGAUGCCGGUGGCUCAAACUCUUACCGUAUGGGCGCAGAAGGAAAGUUUGACCUCAAGCUUGCACCAGGGUACGACCCUGAUACAGCGGCAUCACCCAAACCUGUUUCAUCCACUGUUUCAGGCACAACACAGUCAUGGAGCAGCCUGGUGAAAAACAACUGUCCAGACAAGACGUCUGCUGCCGCAGGCUCUUCAAGUAGAAAAGGAAGCAGCAGCUCUGUGUGUAGCGUGGCCAGUAGCAGCGACAUCAGCUUGGGGUCGACCAAAAUGGAGCGGAGAUCAGAGAGUGUAACGGAGCAGAGUGUAGUUUCAGGCCCUGAUGUCCAUGAGCCGAUUGUUGUCCUUUCGUCUGCCGAGAAUGUGCCUCAAGCUGAAGUAGGGUCAUCAUCCAGCGCGAGCACCAGCACCUUAACGGCGGAAGCGGGAUGCGAGAACGCGGAGAGGAAGCUAGGUCCCGAGAGUUCAGUUCGUACUCCUGGGGAGACUAGUGCUAUAUCCAUGGGGAUCGUUAGUGUCAGCUCUCCUGACGUUAGUUCAGUAUCUGAGUUAACCAAUAAAGAAGCCGCUUCCCAGCGACCCCUUAGCUCCUCAGCGAGUAACAGACUGUCAGUGAGUUCUCUGUUGGCCGCUGGGGCUCCUAUGAGCUCCAGUGCAAGUGUUCCUAACCUGUCCUCGCGAGAGACGUCUAGCCUGGAGUCUUUCGUUCGGAGAGUGGCGAACAUUGCGCGAACCAAUGCCACAAACAACAUGAAUCUGAGCCGAAGCAGCAGCGACAACAACACUAACACCUUGGGAAGGAACGUAAUGAGCACUGCAACCUCUCCUCUUAUGGGUGCCCAAAGUUUCCCCAAUCUGACUACAACUGGUACCACUUCAACAGUGACUAUGUCUACAUCCAGUGUUACUAGUAGCAGCAAUGUAGCUACAGCAACGACAGUUUUAUCUGUUGGUCAGUCGCUAAGUAACACCUUAACUACCAGCCUCACCUCAACAUCUAGUGAGAGUGACACAGGUCAGGAAGCAGAAUAUUCUUUAUAUGAUUUCCUCGAUAGCUGCCGGGCCAGUACUCUGUUGGCAGAGCUAGAUGACGACGAAGACCUACCUGAGCCAGACGAAGAGGAUGAUGAAAAUGAAGAUGACAAUCAGGAGGACCAGGAAUACGAGGAAGUUAUGAUCCUGAGGCGUCCUUCCCUACAGCGCCGGGCUGGCUCCCGCUCUGAUGUGACCCACCAUGCUGUCACAUCCCAGCUACCACAGGUCCCCGCUGGAGCAGGGAGCCGGCCCAUUGGGGAGCAGGAAGAAGAAGAAUAUGAAACAAAAGGAGGACGUCGACGGACUUGGGAUGAUGAUUAUGUGCUCAAACGGCAGUUUUCUGCUUUAGUUCCUGCUUUUGACCCCAGGCCUGGCCGAACGAACGUCCAACAGACAACUGACCUAGAAAUCCCACCCCCAGGUACACCUCAUUCAGAACUCUUGGAAGAAGUUGAGUGUACUCCUUCACCUCGUUUAGCACUUACCUUGAAAGUAACGGGUCUUGGAACAACUCGGGAAGUUGAAUUACCUCUCUCUAACUUCAGAUCAACCAUCUUUUAUUAUGUACAAAAAUUACUUCAGUUUUCCUGUAACGGCAGUGUGAAAUCAGAUAAACUUAGGCGUAUUUGGGAGCCAACGUACACAAUCAUGUACAGAGAAAUGAAGGAUUCUGAUAAAGAAAAGGAGAGUGGAAAAAUGGGUUGCUGGUCUAUAGAGCAUGUGGAACAGUUCCUUGGCACUGAUGAAUUACCAAAGAAUGACUUGAUAACCUACCUGCAGAAGAAUGCAGACUCCGCUUUCCUGCGCCACUGGAAAUUAACCGGCACUAAUAAAAGUAUUAGGAAAAACAGAAAUUGUUCCCAGCUCAUAGCUGCAUACAAGGAUUUUUGUGAGCAUGGAUCAAAAUCUGGGUUAAGCCAAGGGGCCAUUUCCACUCUUCAGAACUGUGAUAUCCUCAGUCUGGUGAAAGAACAGCCACAGGCCAAAGCAGGCAAUGGCCAGAAUUCCUGUGGGGUCGAGGACGUCCUACAGCUGCUGCGUAUCCUGUACAUAGUUGCAAGUGACCCUUACACCAGAACAUCACAUGAAGAAGGAGAUGAGCAGCUUCAGUUUCAUUUUCCACCAGAUGAAUUCACAAGCAAAAAACUCACUACGAAAAUCCUGCAGCAGAUUGAGGAGCCAUUGGCGUUGGCUAGCGGAGCUCUUCCAGAUUGGUGCGAACAGCUAACCAGCAAGUGUCCUUUCCUAAUUCCUUUCGAAACCAGGCAGCUUUAUUUUACGUGCACUGCGUUUGGAGCGUCGAGAGCAAUAGUAUGGCUACAGAAUAGACGGGAGGCUACGGUGGAACGAACAAGAACCACCAGUACUGUAAGACGAGACGAUCCGGGGGAGUUUCGAGUUGGGCGCCUCAAACACGAGAGAGUUAAAGUUCCCCGUGGCGAAUCACUGAUGGAGUGGGCUGAGAAUGUCAUGCAGAUCCAUGCCGAUCGGAAAUCCGUUCUUGAGGUCGAGUUUCUGGGAGAAGAAGGAACUGGCCUGGGCCCCACCUUGGAGUUUUACGCAUUAGUGGCAGCAGAGUUCCAGAGGACUGAACUGGGGACGUGGCUUUGUGAUGAUGACUUUCCGGAUGAUGAAUCUCGUCAUGUUGACCUUGGCGGUGGAUUGAAACCCCCUGGGUACUAUGUGCAGAGAUCAUGUGGACUUUUCACUGCACCAUUCCCUCAAGAUAGUGACGAACUUGAAAGAAUCACCAAACUCUUUCACUUCUUGGGCAUUUUCUUGGCUAAAUGCAUUCAGGACAAUCGCCUGGUGGACUUGCCCAUUUCUAAACCUUUCUUCAAACUCAUGUGUAUGGGGGACAUUAAAAGCAAUAUGAGUAAACUAAUUUAUGAGUCCCGAGGCGACAGAGACUUGCACUGCACUGAAAGCCAGUCUGAGGCAUCUACAGAAGAGGGUCAUGAUUCACUAUCAGUAGGAAGCUUUGAAGAGGACUCAAAAUCGGAGUUUAUUCUUGAUCCACCCAAACCUAAGCCCCCAGCUUGGUUUAAUGGGAUUUUAACAUGGGAAGACUUUGAACUGGUAAAUCCACACAGAGCCAGAUUUUUAAAAGAAAUUAAAGACCUUGCUAUUAAAAGGCGCCAAAUAUUAAGCAACAAAAGUCUCUCAGAAGAUGAAAAGAACACAAAAUUACAAGAUCUAAUGCUGAAGAAUCCAUCAGGUUCUGGACCUUCGCUUAGCAUAGAGGAUUUAGGUCUAAAUUUCCAGUUCUGCCCUUCCUCCAGAGUAUAUGGGUUUACAGCAGUGGACCUCAAACCAAGUGGUGAAGAUGAGAUGAUUACGAUGGAUAACGCCGAAGAGUAUGUGGAUCUGAUGUUUGACUUUUGCAUGCAGACGGGUAUUCAGAAACAGAUGGAUGCUUUCAGAGACGGCUUUAAUAAAGUUUUCCCAAUGGAGAAGUUGAGUUCCUUCAGCCACGAGGAAGUCCAGAUGAUUCUUUGUGGAAAUCAGUCACCGUCAUGGGCUGCUGAGGACAUAAUCAACUACACCGAGCCAAAGCUGGGCUACACCCGGGAUAGCCCCGGUUUCCUUCGGUUUGUGAGGGUCUUGUGCGGCAUGUCUUCAGAUGAAAGGAAAGCCUUCCUGCAGUUCACCACCGGUUGUUCGACUUUGCCCCCCGGCGGCCUGGCGAACCUCCACCCUCGCCUCACCGUCGUGCGGAAGGUCGAUGCCACCGAUGCGAGCUAUCCGUCGGUGAACACCUGUGUGCACUACCUUAAGUUGCCGGAGUAUUCCUCUGAGGAGAUCAUGAGGGAGCGCCUGCUAGCUGCUACGAUGGAGAAAGGCUUUCAUCUCAACUGAGGUCUGGACAGCCAGCAAGAGAGACAUCAGAGACUUGUUUGACAUUAGGGAAGCUGUGUGUGUGUGUGUGUGUGCGCGCGUGUGCGUGUUUGUGUGCGUGUGCACGCGCGCGUGCAGAAAAGUGUAAGAUCUCCACGCUGUGCUCUGAUGGCACUUGUCUGUUUCCACCUAGGAGGCUUUAGGAACAUGUGGAAUAAGUACGUUAGCUGCUAAUGACAAAAACCAAUCCUUCUAACGACCCAGCCAGCAAGUAGAUCGCACAGGACACUGUGUGACUUUUCAAGGGCUUCUGUGACUGGAAUAAGGUGGUCCUUUUGAACUGUUCCAGAGGGCAGCUCCUUUAGACCUUCAGUGUUCAGGGCUAAGUUUCUAACAGUGCAUUUGUGUAAAGUUUGUCAUUUAAUACCCCGUACACUACAGUUGCCAUCACUGAUCCCUGUUUUGCUGGCUUUUAAGCUAAUUGGUCAAAAUACAAAACAAAAAAAAAACCCCAAGAAACGACCUUUGCUUCCUUUAAGACUUAGAGAGUUAAUGGGCAUCACAAGCUUUUUCUUUACUCUUUUAAUGAUGCCUGCACUAUUGGAAUAUCCUAGUGUUCUCUCUCUUGUUUGGCAUAUAGUCAUGCACAACCUUUUUCUUUCUUUCCAGUGGGAGUAUACUUUGAUUUCUGAAAUUCCCCGCUAUAAAGAUCAAAUCCUUAAGUGUGUAUGUGCAGCUCAAUAAUAAAGCUAUAAAAAACACUGGUUCUAGGUGCAAGGCACACUUAAAGCAAGUUUUGCUUUUGGUUGUAUUUUCUUUGUAUAUUAUAAACAUUUAUUUAACUUGUUGCAGUUUGAAGUAAAAAACAAAAAAAAACCAAACCCCAUGUGUAUGCUCAACAAUAAUCAUUAAAAUGUUUGCAGCGUACAAAAUUGUGUCAUGUGACUGUUUCACUGCCUCUCGUCAAACUUAAAGCUUGACCUGAUGCCUUUCGUCUAGACUCAGUCAAAUUUAGUUUUCAGAAAUUAUUACGGGAGGAAAUGUCUUUCUAGGGUAAGCACGCUCCGUUUUAAAUAAGUGGAAAAACAGAGCUUUGAUCACCGACUCAUGUGUGACCCGUGCAGUGUAAACAGUCUUAGUGUUUGUCACUCUAGCUAGAAGCGACCACGAUCGUUGUCUGACACUCUUAAGGCCCAACUCCCCAAUUGAUUAUUGUUUCACUAGGCACCUGUCAGUUUGAAAUCUUCAUAAGAAAGAUCUAAAGAUGUUGUGUGUUAUUGACAAGAGGUCUCGUGCUCCAUCCUGGGUGUGCAGAGCAGGUUGAAUUGAUGCAUUUUUGAAAAUCAUCCUUUAGCCUUGGUAUCUCCUCAUACGGGUGGAGUGAAUGUUACUAGUCUCGACUUAGCCAAAUAUUCCUGUAGCUGCCAAAAAGCAUGUGAUGAAGUUGCACAUUAUCGCCCUCUGUACCAGGGCGUCCCUCUUCUACGAUGUCAGAGCUGCCUCGCUACCACAGUUUCAAUUUGCGAACUUCCAUAUUUCAGCUACAGCAUGAGACUGUUUUGACUGUGUUGUUGGAGGCAGCAUUUAACCUUUCACCUCAUUGUCAAAUCAAGGUUGAAAUGGACAUAUAAUAGCAAUAUUGAAAUGUAUGAUCUCUGCUUUAAUCCAAAAAAUACUGGUGUUCAGCUGUCUUGAACAGGUCAUGUGUGCAUGACAACAACUUUGUACUGGUAUUUGGAUUAAAAUACAUUUUAUAUGUU